AUGGCAUCUGCAAAUAAUGCAACCGCUGCCAUUCCGCCAUCAGGCGAAACCACACCCGUCCCCUUUGCCAACGAUGGCAACCUGGGUUCGGCCAAGCGCUCUCCAUUGAAUGAGGGCUUCAAAAGCCUUGUCUACGAAACAUUGGACAAAUGGCAUAUUCAAGGCGUUUCCGUUGCGGUUGUCGAUGGGGAUCAGACCUGGGCCGAGGGAUAUGGAAUCGCAGCGCUGCCAGAUGUCCCAGUGCGGCCCUCAACUUUGUUCUACACGGGCAGUACUUCCAAAUCUUUUACUGCGGCGGCGGCCUCUUUGCUGGUAGACGACGACGAAAAGUAUCCGGAGAUCAAAUGGACAACCCCUCUUAACAAGGUCAUUCGUGAAGACUUUGUCCUACCAGACGAAUAUGCCACUUCGCACGUUACGUUGGAAGAUGCGCUUUCACACCGAUCUGGAUUACCAGGCCAUGAGAUGACAUUGGGUCGCCCCGGAACUGUACGAGACGUCGUCCGAAGCCUACGCCAUUUUCGAAUGAGCAAAGAUAUCAGAACGACUUGGCAGUACUGCAAUGCAUUAUAUAUCGCCGUGUCACAUAUGAUUGAGGUUGUCACCGGCGAGUGGCUGGGAGACUUUCUUAGAAAACACAUCUGGGGGCCCUUGGAUAUGAAAUCAACUUUCUUCUCCCUUGACGACGCCCGAAAGUGCGCUGAUUCUGAUGAUAAUGACAUUACACUUGCAGUGGCAUAUAGCUGGGAUGAAUCGACUUCUGAGACAAAGGAGAUCCCUUAUUGCGAUAGUGUACUAAGUGGAGCUGGCGCAGUGAUUUCCAAUGUCCUUGAUUAUGCGAAGUACAUCCGCUCCAUGAUGCGCCAGUCUGGCCCCUUGUCGAAAGCUGGAUAUGCCGCCAUAUUUGAACCGCGAUCAUUUUCUCCGCAGGUGCUCCCGCAGCUGAAAAAGCAGACACUUUACACAUUGGGUUGGUUCUCGACUACAUAUCGUGGCGAAUAUGUCGUUCUACACCCGGGAGGCCUGGAAGGCAUGACUGCGACCAUGAUUCUUUUUCCUGAGCGUGAUUGGGGUGUUCUUGUGUUCUGCAAUGCCGACGGCCCAGGACGCGAGGCUCUAGCAUGGCAUCUUAUAGAUGAGAUGUUGAAUGUCCCUCAAGAAGAGCGUAUGAACCUUUAUGAAGUCACCCAGAACAAGCUUGCCCGGCGUAAAGAAUAUAACUUGACAGCUAAGGAACGUCUCUAUCCUUCUGUUCCUUCUCCAGCUCGGCCGCUCUUUCUUCCACUGGCAGAGUAUGCUGGCACGUACACACAUCCAGCCCAUCCAGAAUUUAUCAUUAGUGUGAGCUCUGACGAGGAACCUGAGCUCCGCGUUCUUGUGAGAGGGUCAUUUCCCAUCCGAAUGAACCUGAAGCAUGUAUCGGCUGAGUUCUUCCUCGCUGAGAUAUUUGUCUUCAGGUUCAGUCAAAACUCAGAUGCUGUUGUAAAGGCCGAGUUUCAAAUUAAUGCCGAAGGUAAGGUGAUCAGAUUUGGUGCUGCCAUUGAUUUUUCCAAUAUGCCGGAUACAUUGAUUUGGUUUGACCGUGCCGCCUGA